UGUCCUUAACAGAAAAUAAAAACCUUUUCAGACAGAGGGAAAAUAUUGGAGGAAACUAAGUUAUAUAAACAUUCCUAACAUUUUAGGGAGUUGAUAAGACUAUUUUUGAUUUCUCGACUUGCCACAUAAUGGAUUAAUGAAACAUGACUGAGUCUUCCAAUGUUGGAAGCAAUGGGUAGAAAAGGGUAUGAAGAAGAGAGUUCUCAAAAUCAGGGGACAUGCAGUUCAUCCAUCAGGUGCUUUGGAGUUCAAGGGCGUCCCAUGCUUUCUCCCCUAUAUGUGGGUAUUUAGUUAUUAUUUGUUAAAUAAGUUACCCUUUGUUUAUCUCUCCCUUUCAUCUAAUACACUGAGAUUUAUUGAGGGGAGGGGUAAUUUUAUUUUAUUUUGACUUUUUAAAAUUGUUGCUUGGCUUUGUGCCUAUUAGCCACAUGUCUUAAGCUAAAACUCCUUUUAAGUCUUGUCUUGCAGCCAUGACAUAUAGAGACAAGGACAGAUCAGCAAACAUAGAAAUCUAUGGGUUGUUUUGGUUUAGUUUGGUUUGGUGUGAUUUGGUUUGGCUUGGCAAUUUAGUAAUAGUAUUUUACAGAGUAUCCAUUUACCCAAUUAGGUUGCUAUUGUAGGGAUUUAAACAGCUGGAUAGUCUCGGUGAUUAAGAUAGCCUAAGAGAGCUGUUGCUAUAGCCAAACUGGUUAGAUUCUACUCCUGUCUUUGCCAUCUCCUUUUUCUUUCCCCUUGGGCAAGUUCCUUAAAUUCUCUAGGCCUCAGCUCUCUUAAAAAUGAGGACAAUAGAGUACUUACCUGACAGUUAGCAAGCUCUCCAUGUUACUAGUAUUCUAAUUGUCCAAAGAAGAAUGUCUCCUCUCCCGUUUCUUUUUUUUUUUUUUUCCUUUCCCAUUUCUUGACAAUGACAAGACCACCACCACCACCAGUAAUAAUAUUAAUGAUAGCAGCAACUGAGUAGCGUAUCACCUGCCUGUUAGGUGCCUACUAUUGUGACACAUUCUUCACACAUAACAUAAAGUUAAUAUUUGAAAAAUAAGAAUAUGUAUUCUGAAAUCUUAUCUAAUGCUUCAUUUUUUAAAAGAUUUUAUUUAUUUAUUUGACAGAGAGAGAGAUCACAAGUAAGCAGAGAGGCAGGCAGGGGGGUGGGGAACAGGCUCCCCACUGAGCAGAGAGCUGGAUGCGGGGCUCGAUCCCAGGACCCUGGGAUCAGGACCUGAGCCGAAGGCAGAGGCUUUAACCCCCUGAGCCACCCAAGCACCUCUAAUGCUUCAUUUUUUAAAAAAGAUCCUAUUUAUUUAUUUGAGAAAGAGAGGAUGAGAAAGAGCACGGACAGUGAGGAGGGGCAGAGGGAGAGGGAGAAGGUGUCUCCCUGCUGAGCAGGGAGCCUGACGUUGGGCUUGAUUCCGGGACCCUGAGAUCAUCACCUAAGCUGAAGGCAGAUGCUUAACCAACUGAGCCAACCAGGUGCCCCUUAUCUAAUGCUUUAAUUGUAAAAGUCUUUAGGGUGCAAGUUAAAGGAAAAUUUUCUUCCUCUGUCCUGUGUACUUUGUAACUACUAAAAGAGUAAAUUACUGUAUUAAUGAUACAGUAACUAUUAGCCAUGAAACAUUUGACAAAAGGAAAUAAAAACGUUACAGAUCAAGUAGUUUCCCCCAAAUUGUAUUGCUUGUCCUUUCCUCUUUCAACAGAAAAAGGAGUAUUUAGAAGAGGCCAUGGAGCCAUUAGCAGGUGCUUAUUUCCCAAGCUACCCUUUUCCUUACUUCUUCAGUCUUUGUUCCCAAAGCCACCAGUGAUGGAAGCUGACUGUUCUACUCUAUCCCUUUUAUUUUUCUGUAGAAAAGGAGAAGGCUAGAGCAUAAAGAUCCCAGACCACAAUGGUGUGGUGGUUUGUAUGUGAUCCUACUUGCAUUUUGAGCAAUUAAUUAGUGGUGCAUGGGGCAGUUAAGAGUCCGACUCUUGAUUUCAGCUCAGUUCAUGAUGUCAGGGUGGUGAGGUCAUGCCCCGCAUCAGGCUCCAUGCUGCUGAAUGUGGAGCCUGCUUAAGAUUCUCUCUCUCCCUCUGCCACUCCCACCCCUUUCUCUCAAAACGAAUUAUGGGGGGGGGGGGGACACUGGGGUGGCCCAGUUAGGCAUCUGCCCUCAGCUUUGGUCAUGAUCUCCAGGUCCUGGAAUGGAGCCUCACAUCGGGCUCCCUGCUCAGCAGGGACCCUGAUUCUCCCUUUCUCUCUGUGUGCUCUCUCGCUCUCUCUCAAAUAAAUAAAUAAAAUCUUUAAGAAGGAAAAAAAGAAAACAAAGGUGCCUGGGUGGCUCAGUCAGUUAAGUGGCUGCCUUUGGCUCAGGUCAUGAUCCCAGGUCCUAGGAUCCAGCUCUCCACCGAGCUCCUUUCUCAUGGGGAAACUGUUUUUCUCCUGCCUGUCCUUCCCUCUGCUUUUGCUCUCUCUCGCUCUAUGUCAAAUAAAUAAAUAAAAAUCUUAAAAAAAAAAAAAAAAACAUUAGUGGGGCAAAAGGAGCCCAUAUUGUAUACCAUGUCUUUCUUAGAGAUUUCUUUAAUGUCACAAGAGUGUCUAUUAGCAUCUCAGAGGUCUGUAGUCCUUAAUGUAAGCCAGAUACAUAAGUUAUGAAUAUAUAUAUAGAAAUUGCAACUUUGCUUUCUUACUGUGUUUGAUUCAACAACUGAUUCUGAAAAUUCUGAAAAGUAGUUCUCUGUUUUCUGACCUGAAGUUGAAUUUAUUCACAGUGAUUUUCAGUGGCAUAACAUUUUCAGAUGACAUAACAAUGUCAUCUUAGGCACUGGGAGAUCUUUGAGAUUCACAGGAAAGGAAGGCUGGUGGUCUAGGUGGAUAAUGCCAACAGUUUCAGUGACCCUAGGGGUGACUGGGUGGCUCAUUCAUUAAGUGUCUGCCUUCGGCUCAGGUCAUGAUCUCAGGGUCCUGGGAUUGAGCCCCACAUGGGGCUCCCUGCUCAGCAGGAAACCUGCUUCUCCCUCUUCCACUCCUCUAGUUUGUGUUCCCUCUCUCGCUUUGUUUCUCUCUAUCAAAUAAAUAAAUAAAAUCUUAAAUAAGUAAAAUAUUAUAGCAUAUGAUAUUAAGAAUACACUAAAAAGGCUUCUUCCUUGAACUUCACCUUUCUUUUGGUAGCAUUGAACUGGAAAUUGGGUAGCAUUGAACUUGAACUAGUAAAGGGAAGAACUCCAUACUCAGCACUAAAAAAGUCCAGGGUCAGUUUUGGGGCACCUGGGUGGCUCAGUGGGUUAAAGAUUCUGCCUUCGGCUCAGGUCAUAGAAUUGACCUAUCUCAGGGUCCUGGAAUUGAACCCCAUGCCUGGCUUUCUGCUCAGCAGGGAGCCUGCUUCCCCUUCUCUCUCUGUGCCUGCCUCUCUACCUACUUGUGAUCUCUGUCAAAUAAAUAAAUAGAAUCUUCUUUUAAAAAAAAGAAGAAGUCUACGGUCAGUUUUAUAAUUCUUCAUAUUAUCAUUAUCAUUUAAAAAAAUACUGUUAUGUUUUCAUUUAGAAUGAUUAGUCACUUUCUUUUAUUCUUCAAAUUGUUUCAUGGGUACUUACCUUUGUUUCCCUCUGAAUAUUGCUAAUGCUCUUGUCAGAUUAUGAAUAUCUUCUAUAUGGUGAAACUUGAUCACCCAUUUUUAUGUUGAUUUAGUAUUUUUAUUCAGCACAAUAUUUAUUUGCCCUGCACAUACGUAUUUGUUAUAUUGCUCCUUAAGCUAGAAAUCUAAGAGAUGAGAUUACGUAGUUCUCCAUGUACAACUGGGCACUUCUUUAUUAAACUAAAAAGAUCUCUUAGAGAAUAUAGUUCUCAAGGUUUUCAAUGACAAAAGGAAGAUAACUUGUUAAGCAGGUAAUAGUUAAGAAGAGGCAAGAUUUCCAGGCAUUUGGUGCUCUGGAGAAAGACUAAAGGUCCAUCUUUGAAGUUAUUCCAUUGUUUUCCACUGUUAAGAGAUCCCAUGGUUGAGUGUGCUGGUAGUGUUCUCCCUUCUGCAAAGAAGAAAGGUGAAAUAGGUCUUGAAAUUUUGACUUACACAUAUAAAGUGGUGACACAGCCUAUUUCUCCUGCAACCCCACCCUGUUUUGGUCCCGUGUGGCUCUACUGAAAAAUUUAUUGUUUUUGAGCUUUAGAAAAUUUAAAUUGUUUAUGUUUGUACUAAUGGGGAGUCUUAGAAGCUUGGACAAGAACUUAGUAUUUUAGGAGAACUUUAUUUGACAGACCUUGUUGAUUCUUCUUCCACUUAUAAUUUUAAGUAUCAUACAUAUACUUUCAGGUAUGUACUUUUUAUAAGAAAGAAAACUUGUAAUUGAAAGAAACCUAGUAAUUUAUUUCUUUUAGUUUAAUAGAGAUACAAUGGACAUAUAACAUUUUAUAAGUCUUAGGUGUACCAUAUAAUGAUUCGAUUGGGGUAUAUGCUACAAAAUGGUUACUACAAUAAGUUAAGCAUCGCCUCAUAUAAUUACAAAAUUUCUUUUCCUUAUAAAAAGGAACAUACUAAUUUAAAUACAUGGCAUUUAGUUUAUUAUUACCUACUUUGAGAAAGGUUUGCCAAAAUACAAUUCCAGGGGCUCCUGGGUGGCUCAGGGGGUUGAAACCUCUGCCUUUGGCUCAGAUCAUGAUCCCAGGGUCCUGGGGGAUUGAGUCACGCAUUGGGCUCUCUGCUCGGCGGGGAACCUGCUUCCCCCUCUCUCUGCCUGCCUCCCUGCCUACUUGUGAUCUCUCUCUCUGUCAAAUAAAUAAAUAAAAUCCUUUUUAAAAAAUUACUUACAAAAUACAUUUCCAGCUUUUCUUCCAAAUCCUAAGUAUCUCUAACAAAGCUUUGAUAAACUCAGCUACUCUGAUGGAAAUGUCUGAAUACUACUCACUGCUAUAAGGAGUCAUGUAAAUGGCCUUCUUUGCUAUGCAGAGGCAGAUCAGAGCCCCCAAAAUCUCCUAUGGAGCUCAUGCAUAUACGUGUGAGAAACCUGACUCUAAGUUUGUGCUGUGCAUCACCCAUUCUCUGCUGAGUCAUCACUACUGGAUCUUGGCUUCCUUUUCCUGCUGAGCCCAGACCAUGGGGAAUUCAUAUGCUGGGCAACUGAAAUCUGCUCAAUUUGAGGAAGCUCUCCACAACUCCAUAGAAGCGUCUCUCAGAUGUAGUAGUGUGGUACCACGGCCAAUUUUUUCCCAGCUGUACUUGGACCCUGACCAGCAUCCUUUCUCAUCUGCAGAUGUGAAACCCAAAGUGGAGGAUCUGGAUAAAGAUUUGGUACACCGCUACACUCAAAAUGGAAGCCUGGAUUUUUCUAACAAUCUAACAGUUAAUGAAAUGGAAGAUGAUGAAGAUGAUGAAGAAAUGUCUGAUUCAAAUAGCCCACCAAUUCCCUAUUCACAAAAACCUGCUCCAGAAGGGUCUUGCACUACAGAUGGUUUUUGUCAAGCGGGAAAGGAUUUGCGUUUGGUAUCUCUGUGUAUGGAACAAAUCGACAUCCCAGCAGGAUUCCUCCUGGUGGGGGCCAAGUCUCCCAAUCUUCCUGAGCACAUCCUAGUGUGUGCUGUAGACAAGCGAUUUCUACCAGAUGAUCAUGGGAAAAAUGCACUUUUAGGGUUUUCUGGAAACUGUAUCGGCUGUGGAGAAAGAGGAUUUCGGUAUUUCACGGAAUUUUCCAACCAUAUUAACUUGAAGCUCACCACCCAGCCAAAGAAGCAGAAGCACUUAAAGUACUACCUAGUGAGAAGCUCCCAGGGUGUACUGUCGAAGGGACCUCUUAUCUGCUGGAAAGAAUGUAGAAGCCGACAAUCCUCUGCUACUUGCCACUCUAUGAAACCAAACUCUUCAGUAUCAUCAACUGUGACUCCGGAAAAUGGCACAACCAAUGGAUACAAAUCAGGAUUCAUUCAGACAGAUUCGCCAAUUCUCAGUCCAGCUAAUUCUGCAAUCAAUUUAAGUGGAGCUCAGGACCUGACCCGGAAUAAGAAUGUUGUGAAGCCACUGGCUUUAUCUUUGCAGGUUGUAGGGAAGACUUUUGCCGCAGAUGCUGCUAAUGGAAACAGUAGCCAUGGAGGGAAGAGCAGUGCAGCCAGCUCCACUCCAGCUCGCCCAGGGAAUUACUCUUUGUCACCAAGACCUAGCUAUGCAUCAGGAGACCAAGCUACCAUGUUCAUUUCUGGGCCACCAAAGAAACGACACCGGGGAUGGUAUCCUGGGUCACCUGUCCCACAACCUGGUUUAGUUGUACCUGUUCCUACAGUCCGCCCUCUUUCAAGAACUGAGUCCCUUUUAUCUGCUCCAGUUCCACAGACCCCAUUAACUGGAAUUUUACAACCUCGACCCAUUCCUGCAGGGGAAACUGUAAUUGUUCCUGAAAACCUGCUGAGUAACUCAGGAGUUAGACCAGUAAUUCUGAUAGGCUAUGGCACUUUACCCUAUUUCUAUGGAAAUGUUGGUGACAUUGUUGUGAGUCCUCUGCUGGUGAAUUGCUACAAGAUUUCACAGUUGGAAAACAAAGAUUUGGAACACUUAGGGUUGACUGGCAGCCAACUCCUGAGCGUCGAAAACAUGAUUCUUCUGACGAUACAGUAUCUUGUACGGCUAGGUCCUGAUCAGAUACCUCUCAGGGAAGAAUUUGAGCAAAUCAUGCUGAAGGCCAUGCAGGAAUUUACUCUGAGAGAGAGAGCCCUGCAGCUGGGUGCUCAGUGUACCCCUGUGUCUCCAGGACAACUCCCCUGGCUUGCGAGACUAAUUGCCAGUGUAUCUCAAGACUUGGUUCAUGUGAUCGUGACCCAAAACUCUUUGGCCGAAGGCAUUUCAGAGACACUGAGGACUCUCAGUGAAAUGAGACACUAUCAAAGACUACCAGAUUAUGUGGUGGCAAUUUGUGCUUCAAAAAUCAGAGGAAACGAAUUUUGUGUGGUAGUGUUAGGUCAGCAUCAGUCCAGAGCUCUGGCAGAGAGCAUGCUCACCACAAGUGAGUUUUUGAAAGAAAUUAGUUACGAGCUCAUCACAGGAAAGGUCAGUUUCCUGGCAUCACAUUUCAAAACCACAUCAUUAGGCGACGACCUGGACAAGCUGCUAGACAAAAUGCAACAGAGAAGAGGAGAGAGUGUGGUGACCCCUUUCAAUGGAGAUCUUAACGAGUGUGUGUCAGCUCAGGAGGCUGCCGCUAUGAUCCCCACGAAAAACCUGGAUUUAGAUAAUGAGACCUUCCAAAUUUACCAACCACAGCUAACGGUUGCCAGAAAACUCUUAUCCCAGGUGUGUGCUAUCGCAGACAGCGGCAGCCAGAGCCUGGACCUGGGCCACUUCAGCAAAGUGGACUUUAUCAUCAUUGUCCCAAGAUCGGAGGUUCUGGUCCAGCAAACUCUUCAACGGAUUCGACAAUCAGGUGUCCUUGUAGACUUGGGUCUGGAGGAAAAUGGGACGGCUUAUCAGAGAGCAGAGAAAUAUGUUGUUCGUCUAGACAAUGAGAUUCAAACCAAGUUUGAAGUUUUUAUGAGAAGGGUAAAACAGAACCCGUACACACUGUUUGUGCUGGUUCAUGACAACUCCCAUGUGGAACUAACGAGUGUCAUUUCGGGCUCUUUGUCACAUGGCGAACCCAGUCAUGGAUUGGCUGAUAGAGUCAUUAACUGCAGAGAAGUUCUGGAAGCUUUCAAUCUGCUGGUACUCCAGGUUAGCUCCUUCCCGUACACACUACAGACCCAACAGUCUCGAAUCAGCUCCAGCAAUGAAGUUCACUGGAUACAGCUGGACAGCAUGGAGGACAUGAGCUGCCAGGAGAAGCUGUAUUUUGGCCUGAAUGAAUACAGUAAGUCUCUACAGUGGGGAAUCACAAGCCCCCUUCUGAGAUGUGAUGAGACUUUUGAAAAAAUGGUGAACACGCUCUUGGAAAGGUACCCCAGGCUGCACAGCAUGGUUGUCCGCUGCUACCUUCUCAUCCAGCAGUACUCAGAGGCUCUGAUGGCUCUCACCACCAUGGCGUCGCUCCGAGACCACAGCACCCCGGAAACACUCAGCAUUAUGGAUGACCUCAUCAGCUCCCCGGGAAAAACCAGAAGUGGGAGGGGACACAUGCUCAUUAUCAGGGUGCCCUCCGUGCAGCUGGCAAUGUUGGCCAAGGAGCGGCUGCAGGAGGUGCGCGACAAGCUGGGGCUGCAGUACCGCUUCGAGAUCAUCCUCGGGAACCCUGCCUCUGAACUCAGUGUCGCAACGCACUUUGUGGCACGAUUAAAGACCUGGAGAGGAAAUGAACCAGAAGAGUGGACCCCUCGGACAUACCAAGAUUUAGAAGGUCUGCCUUGUAUCGUGAUAUUAACUGGCAAAGAUCCUCUUGGAGAAACAUUUCCCAGGUCUUUGAAGUACUGUGACCUGCGGCUCAUCGACUCAAGCUACUUAACUCGCACAGCCUUGGAGCAGGAGGUGGGUCUGGCAUGCUGCUACGUCUCAAAAGAGGUCAUCCGGGGCCCCGCUGUUGCCCUGGACCUUAGCGGGAAGGAGCAGGAAAGAGCCACCGCCAGCGAGAAUGACGCUGAUGAGCUGCUGAUCGACCUGGAGAGGCCACAGAGCAACAGUAGUGCUGUCACUGGAACCUCCGGCUCCAUCAUGGAGAACGGGGUGAGCUCUUCCAGCACCGCCGACAAGUCCCAGAAGCUGUCGCUGACCCCCGGCUUCCAGAGCCCAGCCAACAGUAUGGGGCUGGAUGAAGGGGUCUCCACGGGCACAGCUGGAGCUGGGGAGACCCUGAAGCAGGAGUGUGAUUCCCUGGGCCCCCAGAUGGCCAGCAGCACCACCUCCAAGCCGUCCUCGUCGUCGUCCUCCUCCUCCUCCUCGGGUCCCCGGGCCCUAGCGUGGCCCGGGCAGGCGCCCCAGGGCUGCGGGGGCCUGCACGCCACCCUGCCCCCGAUCGUGAUCUUAUCGAAGGCGGCCUACAGCCUGCUGGGCUCCCCACGAGGAGGCAAGCCGCCCGCGUCCUCCUCGCUGCUGCCGCACGCUGACGUGGCCUGGGUGAGCUCCCUGCGGCCGCUGCUGCACAAGGACAUGAGCAGCGAGGAGCAGUCCCUCUACUACCGGCAGUGGACCUCGGCGCGACAGCACCACGCCGACUUCAGCAACCAGCCGGACCCCGCUUCGGGCGCCCGCACCUGCCACCCCCGGCGGCUGCUGCUGACCGGCCCCCCUCAGGUGGGGAAGACCGGCUCCUACCUGCAGUUCCUUAGGAUCCUCUUCCGCAUGCUCAUCAGGCUCCUGGAGGUGGACGUGUAUGAUGAGGGGGAGAUCAACACGGAUCACAGCGAAAGCAGUGAGGUCAGCCAGUCAGAGGGAGAGCCCUGGCCUGACAUCGAGAGCUUCAGUAAAAUGCCCUUUGACGUCAGUGUGCACGAUCCCAAGUACCGUUUGAUGAGCAUGGUCUAUACGGAGAAGCUGGCAGGGGUCAAGCAAGAAGCAAUAAAGGAUGCCAAAGCCGAGGAGCCCGGGAAGCGAGGAACGGUGUCCAUGAUGCUGACCAAGUACGCGGCCUACAACACCUUCCACCACUGCGAGCAAUGCCAGCAGUACAUGGACUUCACCUCUGCCUCCCAGAUGUCUGACUCCACUCUUCACGCAUUCACGUUCUCUUCCUCUAUGCUGGGAGAAGAGGUGCAGCUCUAUUUCAUCAUUCCCAAGUCCAAAGAGAGUCAUUUUGUCUUCAGCAAGCAGGGUAAACACCUGGAGAGCAUGCGGCUGCCCCUGGUGUCAGACAAGAAUUUAAAUGCAGUCAAGAGCCCUAUUUUCACUCCUUCCAGUGGUCGCCAUGAGCACGGACUCCUAAACCUCUUUCAUGCCAUGGAGGGCAUCAGCCACCUGCACCUUCUGGUGGUCAAAGAAUACGAGAUGCCUCUGUACCGCAAGUACUGGCCCAACCACAUCAUGCUGGUGCUCCCUGGGAUGUUCAAUAACGCAGGCGUGGGUGCUGCCAGGUUUCUCAUUAAGGAGCUGUCCUACCACAAUCUGGAACUGGAGAGGAACCGCCUGGAAGAACUGGGAGUUAAACGCCAGUGUGUCUGGCCUUUCAUCGUUGUGAUGGAUGACUCGUGUGUUCUGUGGAACAUUCACAGUGUUCAGGAUCAGAGCAGCCAGCCCAUGGAAGCAGGAGUUUCCAGUAAGAAUGUGUCCUUGAAGAGUGUCUUGCAGCAUAUUGAAGCAACACCAAAAAUCAUCCACUAUGCAAUCCUGGGCAUACAGAAAUGGAGCAGCAAGUUGAAUUCUCAGAGCCUGAAAGCCCCAUUUUCUAGGUGCCAUGUGCAUGACUUCAUUCUCCUUAACAUAGACUUGACUCAGAAUGUACAGUAUGACUUCAACAGGUAUUUCUGUGAAGAUGUUGACUUUAACCUGAGAACAAACAGUAGUGGCCUGCUCAUCUGCCGCUUUAAUAACUUCAGUCUCAUGAAGAAACAUGUUCAGGUUGGAGGGCAACGGGACUUUAUCAUUAAACCAAAGAUCAUGGUGUCAGAGAGCUUAGCACCCAUCUUGCCCCUUCAGUAUGUCUGUGCUCCCGACAGUGAACAUACACUACUGGCAGCCCCUGCGCAGUUUCUCCUGGAGAAGUUCCUUCAGCACGCUUCCUACAAACUCUUCCCCAAAGCCAUCCAUAACUUCAAGAGUCCUGUGUUGGCCAUUGACUGCUACCUUAACAUUGGACCAGAGGUGGCCAUAUGCUACGUCAGCUCCAGGCCCCACUCCAGCAAUGUCAGCUGUGAAGGGGUGUUUUUCAGUGGACUUCUCUUGUACCUCUGUGACUCUUUUGUAGGUGCUGAUCUUCUGAAGAAAUUUAAGUUUCUAAAAGGUGCUACCCUAUGUGUCAUCUGCCAAGACAGAAGCUCCUUACGCCAAACAAUUGUCCGCUUAGAGCUAGAGGAUGAGUGGCAGUUCCGCCUCCGGGACGAGUUUCAAACCGCUAACAGCAGUGAUGACAAGCCCCUCUACUUUCUUACUGGCCGCCACGUAUGACCUUUUGAAGAGACCAAACACAGCGAAGGGAUGCCUAGGUGGGGUGGGGCAGAAACAAUUACUUGGGAUUUUUUUCCUUUAAGGUACAAUCACUGUGGAGCAAAGUGCAACGUAUUUGUUCUCCAAAGAAAUCCACCCCUCCAACCCCAAUCUGACCCAGGUAUUUGGGGCUAUCAUUCUCUUUCAGUUCCACUGUCAGGACCUUAAAUUCAGGUUAACUCCACCCUAGGCAGUUAUGCAAUUACUUAAGACAUGGUCUGCCAUGGGAGCCUGAGGAGGACGUACUUGGAGUUUGCAUUGUUUUUUCUACUACACUAUGUUAGGGGGAAAACAGACUCUCGGCAUUAGCUAGUCUGAAUGUGUUACGAGACUCACACCGUUGGUGUGGAAUUAAUUGAAGAUUAACGUUUGAGGCCUGAACCCUCAGUUUCUCUUCAGAUCUGUACUUUGGUACAGUAUUACUCAGGGGUCUGAAAUGAUAGAAUGUAGAAGAUAUUUGUAUUUUAAAAAAAAAAAGAAGUAGCUUUGUCUUUCUCUGUGCAGUGUUAGUUUAAGAUUUAUAAUCUUAUAUGUAUUGAAACUUUUGGCAAAAUUUCCACAGGAGUUAAAAGUUUACUAUUUAAACUGAACAAACAAAUCAGUAAAUGCAGAGUAGGCGCUGUAUACAUUUAUGCAGCUUCUCCUUGCUGAAAUUCCUUUGCUUUUUACAUUCUUUAAAAAUGUUUCCCGUCUCUAAGCACAGUAUGUCUAUGAGAAUAUGGACCAGCGUUUAAUCUUGAACAAGGAGAACCUAAUUCAGUAGUUGAGCCCAUUAAAAACUGUUCAGUGGUCACCCCAUCCCCACCCUGUUUGGCUGGAACGAAGUAGCCAGCACCAGGAAAGCUACUCGUCAGGCUGCAGUUCUGUGUGGAGUAGAAGUAGUUCGUUUCCUUUCAGGGCCUCAACCAAAGCUUCCUUUAAAAGACACUGAAUGAUUAUCACCUACCUUAUACCGACAACACCACAAAAAUUGAUGAAAUGGGAAACAGAGCCAGAGAGAGAGAGACAUAACCAGUUUUAAUCCUACCAGUGAUUCUCUUGAAAGAAGAAAGAAAGAUUCCAUUACAUAAUGUCUCUGACUCAGCUAAAAUCAGCAGGGGGUGUUUGUUCAAUAUCAGCAGUGUAAGUUUCUACAGAUUUCUCACCAAUAUAUUUUAAUCAAAAACAGACUUUUAGAAAAUGUCCUAGAACCAACGAAGUCUAUUAGAAGUUUAUGCUUAAAUUACAGUUAUCAUUAAACAAUCUCCUUCACAUUUUUCUUAUUAGCCCGUAUAUACCACUUAAAAUGGCCAUUUUUACUUGAAUUGAUGUCUUAUCUGUGGCCUGAAACUACUGAAAGGGGGCUGACUAAGCCUGCAUUUACUUAAAACAAAUGAUGUUAACUGACCAGCUUUAUUAGCUUAUGAUAACAAGGAGUUUACAGUAGUGAAAAGAUGGAAUGUACUAAUCUGAAAAUGGUUUGCAGAUCUCUUGAUUUUAAUAUAGCUACUUAUGAUGCUUUAAAUGUAUUUUGAAAUGAACAAUUCCUUUAAACCCCAUUUUUAAAAUUGUCCUUCAAAGAGAAUCUGCCUUAUGUAUUCUUUAAAAAUACUCCUUAAUUUUCGUACAGCAGAAUUUUUGGUGAAGAGGUACGUUUUGAAGCAGGUUGCUUUAGAAAUGAAUGUAUUUCAAUUGUUCCUGUUUUGCUGAAAGGGCCUAAUGCAGAUGAUAUCAAGAAACCCACUGUUUGUGCAAUAUUCCAAUAACAUUUACUAUAUAGAGCAAAUAAGAUACUUGAAACAAUUCCAAAACAGUGGUACCUGGGGCAGAUGGCUUCUCAGGGUUUCUUCUGGCUUUAGGGCUUCAAAGUCUAAAGUGUGUUUUUUAAAGUAGUAACUUUAGAUGCAGGUACUCCAUGGUACUCUGAAAAAUCAAGUAACUAAUCUCUUAAAUACUACUUAACCCUAUGGAAGAGAAAUGCCAGAAAAAAGCCAAAGGACCAUCACCCCAAUGAUGAAGAAUUCCAACUGACCUCCCUAUUCUUUCCAAUGCCUGUAAUCCUAAGGUCGGGAUCUUUAAAAAUCACCUUAACAGUAUAAUUCUUUAGAAAUGUUAGGUCCUUCUCCUUUAAGGAUAAAAUUGCACAAGCACAGGACACCAUGAUUUGUUAAUACAUACCUUGGUGUGUUCAGCUUCAAGCCUUGCCAUCCUUUAGAACAUUGUGGUAUGAGUGUGUUUGCUAGGCCUGCAUAAUAACUAAUCUAUAAACCUGUUGAACUUUGUCAUGUAAGAUAGUUCACACAGGUUAAUACUGAAUGUAAACUAAAAUUAGAAUGAGAAUUGUAUUCAGUUAUUUUGGCUGUAACUUAUGCAAUUGCUUUUUGUGAUUUUUAGAAAAGGAGGCACCUGUGUUACUUUAUUACUGUAAAGUUUUCUCAACCAAAAUUUGGUGAAUUUCACUAGUUGGUCUACCUCACAUUUUGUUUAUGAUUCUAAAUUGUCUUAAGUUGUGUCUACAGUAUGUUGUCCUUUUGUUUAAUUUGGUGAAUGUAUUAAAAUUCUCUCCCAUCCCCCUCCCCCCGCCCCCCGCAAAAAAAGAAAAAGUUUGUUUUCUUUACACUAA